GAGUAAAGCGGCUACGCGCAGGAUUUCAAUUUGAAUUUCAAACGGCUGCGAGAGCUUACUGCGCCGGGGUGUGUUUGUGUUAUUCUCAGUUCCGUGUAUAAAAGAAGAACUGAACAGGAUCCAUGAACAAAGAGAAUACAACAUCCCGUCUCCCUGUCAUGUCUGGGAAACGGGCUCACACCAACAGUACAGAUGGGGAGCAACAGCAGCCUGCGCAGAAGAAAAUGCGCAAGGUAGAUGCAGAACCGCCUGCAAGGUUCAGACCUGCGGCUAGUGUUGCGCCCCCAAGGCGCCCUGUGGCAGUCAAAGCUCCUGCUAAACCUCUUCGUCCAACUGGAGCCGCAACAGUGGCCGUUGCACCCGCAAGAGGUGACCAGAGAAAACCUGUUGCUGCAGUACCUAAAGUAGCUGCAGGUGCGUCACGAAGGCCAGGAUGGGAUCUGAAGGGCAAAGUGAGUGACAUGGAAAACAAAGUCCAGAAUUACCAGAGCAAAAUAAAAUCGGUAAAUCUGGAAAAUGAUCAUCUGAAGGAGUCCAUUACCAAAGCUCAAAAGCAUAAGGCUGAAAUUGAAAACGAGAACAAUGGUCUCAAAAAGCGUCUUAGGGAUUGUGAAGAGGAGCUGGGAAAGCUGGCUACUGUGAAAGAUGACCUGGCGCAAACCUCUACAGAGAGAGAUGGUCUUAAGAAAGACCUCAAGAAGCUAACAGAAGAGCAUAAUGUUUUGGAAAAACUCAGGGAUCAUUUGGAGUCUGAGCUUCGCAAUAUACAGACUCAGCUCGCUAUUCAGACCUCUGCACUGAGGCAGUGUCAGAGCAGUUUGAUGGAGAGCCAAGAACUGGUCAGGAACCUUGAGGAAACAGUGGCCCGUCAAAAGGAAGAGCUCCACCUUGGAGAAAUGGAGCGAAGGAAGCUCCACAACACCAUUCAAGAGCUCAAAGGCAACAUCCGGGUGUUUUGUAGAGUCCGCCCCCUGCUGACUGGCAAUCAGUCUGAUAUUCUUCACAUUCAGCUGCCGGCCCAUGACAACAAGGCCCUUACACUUGCCAAAACGGAAGAGUCGCACACAGGUCGCACGGCUGACACUCAGAAGAGCUAUAACUUCAGCUUCGACCGUGUGUUUGGGCCGCGUGCCACUCAGCGUGAGGUUUUUGAAGAGAUCUCCCUGCUGGUGCAGUCUGCUCUGGAUGGGUACAACGUUUGUUGCUUUGCUUAUGGCCAAACUGGCAGCGGGAAGACCUUUACUAUGGAGGGGGGUGAUCUGGAGGAUUUGUGGGGAGUCAUUCCACGUGCUGUCCAGCAAAUCUUCAAGUCCGCCAAAGCGCUCCGCGAGCAAGGGUGGCAGUACACCUUUACUGCCAGCUUUGUGGAGAUCUACAAUGAGACUCUUCGAGAUCUUCUCUACACGGGAAAACCAAACAAAAGACCUGAGCAUGAGAUCAGGAAGAUCUCCAAUAAUGAGAUCACGGUUACCAACCUGACUUACCAAAAGGUCAACAAUGAAGAUGAGGUGCACAACUUGAUCAUGCUGGCAAACCAGAACCGGUCCACAGCCCGCACAGGCAUGAACGAUCACUCCUCACGUUCUCACUCUGUGUUCCAGCUAGACAUCGAGGGGCAGAACUCUGAUCGCGAUACCAAGUGCAAGUCCACGCUGUGUCUGGUGGAUUUGGCCGGUAGUGAGCGAGUGCAGAAGAGUCAGUCUCAAGGAGAGCGAUUCAAAGAGAUGACCGCUAUCAACUCUUCCCUCACAAACCUGGGAAUUGUGAUCGCUGCUUUGGCCAACAAGGAGAGCUUUAUUCCCUACCGUAACUCUAAGCUCACGUACCUCCUGCAGAACUGCCUUGGAGGCAACAGCAAAACUUUGAUGUUUGCGAAUAUAGCACCGGAGGAAGAGAGCUUCAGUGAGUCGCUGAAUUCUCUGCGCUUCGCUAGCAAGGUGAACGACUGUGUCAUCGGAACAGCCUCAGCUAAUCGGAAAUAGUUCAGCUGUCAUUUCUAUUUUUUUAAAAAAAGUUUAAACUUUUAUCUUAACUUCAGUUAUUUCAUUUUUAUGCUCAUAUCUCCUGUCUCCGGUAUGUUUUUAUAUUUCUGUGGUGCUUUUUUUUUAAUGUUCUAUCUUACUAGCAGACACUUUUUAUUGAUGUUUUACAGCCACCAAAUGCAUAUACUUCAUCUUGUAUGGGGGAUCAAUAAAGUUAUUUUGGCAUGUAAUGCAGA